GCUGCAGGAGCACCGCUCGCCCUGUCCUCACAGAACCGUGUGUUGCAGGGCUCCAGUGCGUGUGCCAGCUGUGCGAGCACACCAACUUCACCUGCCAGACGGAGGGAGCGUGCUGGGCCUCGGUCAUGCUGACCAACGGCAAGGAGGAGGUGAUCAAAUCCUGCGUGUCCCUCCCGGAGCUCAACGCUCAGGUCUUCUGCCACAGCUCCAAGAACAUCACCAAGACCGAGUGCUGCUACACCGACUUCUGCAACAACAUCACCCUCCGCCUGCCCGUAGCCUCCGAGUCCCCCGGUCGUGCCGCCGUGGGUCCCGUGGUGCUGGCAGCGACAGUGGCCGUGCCCAUCUGCGUCCUGUCCCUCGUGGCAGUGCUGGCUGCCUGCGGCUGCCAGGGCCGGCGCUGCGCCCGCGGCAGGACGAAGCCGCCCAACGUGGAGGAGCCGCUCUCCGAGUGCAACCUGGUCAGCGCGGGCAAGACGCUCAAGGACCUCAUUUACGACAUGACGACGUCUGGCUCCGGCUCUGGCUUACCUCUGCUCGUACAGAGAACCAUUGCGAGGACCAUCGUUCUGCAGGAGAUCGUAGGGAAGGGCCGCUUCGGAGAAGUGUGGCGUGGGAAGUGGUGCGGGGAGGACGUGGCUGUGAAAAUCUUCUCCUCGAGAGACGAGCGGUCCUGGUUCCGGGAGGCAGAGAUUUAUCAGACGGUUAUGCUGAGACAUGAGAACAUCCUGGGCUUUAUUGCUGCUGAUAACAAGGACAACGGGACCUGGACCCAGCUGUGGCUCGUCUCCGAGUACCACGAGCAGGGCUCCCUGUUUGAUUACCUGAACAGGGGCACGGUGACGGCGGAGGGCAUGGUGAGGCUGGCACUGUCCAUCGCCAGCGGCCUGGCACACCUGCACAUGGAGAUCGUGGGCACGCAGGGCAAACCGGCGAUCGCUCACAGGGACCUGAAGUCCAAGAACAUCCUGGUGAAGAGGAACGAGAGCUGUGCCAUCGCAGACCUGGGGCUGGCAGUGAAGCACGACUCCGUGCUCAACACCAUCGACAUCCCCCAGAACCCGCGGGUGGGGACGAGGAGGUACAUGGCUCCCGAGAUACUGGAUGACGCGAUGAACACCAACAUCUUUGAGUCCUUCAAGCGUGCGGACAUCUACUCUCUUGGGCUGGUGUACUGGGAGAUAGCACGGAGGUGUUGUGUUGGAGGGAUCACUGAGGAGUACCAGCUGCCUUACUACGACGUCGUGCCUUCUGAUCCCUCGAUAGAAGAUAUGAGAAGGGUGGUUUGUGAGCAGAAGCUCCGACCAAAUAUUCCAAACCAGUGGCAGAGCUGUGAGGCACUGCGGGUGAUGGGCCGGAUCAUGCGGGAGUGCUGGUACGCCAAUGGUGCGGCACGGCUCACUGCUCUGCGCAUCAAGAAGACCAUUUCACAGCUCUGUGUGCAGGAGGACUCCAAAACCUAACGGCUCCCAGCAGGAGGAGGGCACUGCGUUCUGCUGUUCGUUUGUUGACAUGUGAUAUUAUUUUUCUUUUUGGUCUACCUCAUGAGACGCAGGUCGGUAUUUAAGUGCCCAGAACAGAGUGCUGCCAGCUGGCUUCAUAGCUGGCCGCUGGAAGGGCCUCAUUUUGACCUGUAGCUCUCGCUGUGUACAGCAAGCUGCUGGUUGGGCUGCCUGAGGAAGAUGGGACGCUAGGUGAAUAGCAGGAAGGAGCUUUAAACACGUCGGUGUAAAUGUACCUUCUGCUAUUGUGCUUUCUGUCCUUGUCAAAGCCAAUGUACCGCAAAUCGCUGGGGCUGCUUGAAGCACGUCUGCAAGAGAAAGCACACGCUUCAUCCUCAAACCCAGCAAAAGACCAAACCUCAUCAAGCUUUUUGCUGCUUCGAUGCAGGGAUCUGAGAAGGGACUGUCAGUAAAAUGCAUUUUUAAAUACUGUAUUUGUCCUUACCUAAGCAAAUAAGGUGAAAAAGGUUUUAAACUGAGACAGGGGAGGUUUAGGUUGGAUAUUAGAAGGAAGUUUUUCGCCCAGAGGGUGGUG